AGCUUUUGCCCUCCCUUCUCUCUCUCUCUCUCUCUCUCUCUCGCUCGCGCCCCCUCCUUAUCCUCUCUCUGUAGACAGAGAAAACAACUCAUUUUUGCCAGCUCCCAUCCGAAAGGAACCUUGUAUAUCCCUCUGAAAGAGAGAGAGAAGAGAGAGAGAGAGACCCACUAGGGCAACAAAGUUCACUGAGUAGCUGGGUCAUCUACAGAUACCCACACACACACACCCACACAGAGCAGAGAGAAAGAGAGAGAAGAGAGAGAGAGAGAGAGAAGUGGGGGAGAGAAAAAGGGGAGAGGGGGAGCAAACAGUCCAACAUAGCGUGUGUAGUAUAGUCCACCACCACCGCCAUCACCACCAUAUUAUAUUAUUAUGAUCCAGGCAUGGAUGAUGAUCAUGGCUUCCGCAGACCUAAUUUCCCCCUCCAAUUGCUCGAGAGAAGCAACGACCACCACCGCCAGCCGCCCCCUCCCCCUCCUUCCUCCGCUCCCUCCUACGCCUCCCUCGCCAUCUCUGGCGGCGGCGGCGGCGGCGGCGGCGGCGAGCCCAGCACCGGCCGCCCCAAUUCCAACCACCUCCAGGCCACCGACCUCCCCAAGAAACCCCUUCCCAAGCGGACCUCCACCAAGGACCGGCACACCAAGGUCGAUGGCCGGGGCCGCCGCAUCCGCAUGCCUGCCCAGUGCGCCGCACGGGUCUUCCAGCUCACCCGUGAGCUCGGCCACAAAACCGACGGCGAGACCAUCGAGUGGCUCCUCCAGCAGGCCGAGCCCGCCGUGAUCGCCGCCACCGGCACCGGCACCAUCCCCGCCAACUUCACCUCCCUCAACAUCUCCCUCCGCAGCAGCGGCUCCAGCAUGUCUGCCCCUUCCCACUUCCGCAGCGGCUACUUCAGCCCCGCCUCCACCAGCUUCGCCGCCGCAUCCCCGCACCUGAGGAGCAUGAUGUUGCACGGCGUCAGUCAGUGGGAGCGGAGCAUGGCCGCCGCCGUCGACGAGCCUGUGACCGCCUCCCAGCACAGAAUUCUGUUCCCUGGAGUUGGCCUGUCGUCGGAUAAUUCGUUUAACGCGAACAGCAGCGCCAUGUCGGAAGCGAAGCAAGAGCUGCGCGACACCGAUGCCCCGGCAGUGGCAGAGGAAGAGGGAGAGGAGGCGAGCUUAGGGAGGAAGCGGAGGCCAGAGCAGCCGGAAUUCAGUAAUCAGAGCAUGAUGAUGGGGAACUAUCUGUUGCAGCCGCCAGGCGCCGUGGCGGGAUCAUCGAGCUCUGCGGGGAGCCCGACGACGUUUUGGAUGAUGCCGAAUUCAAGUAGUCAAGUGAUAAGUGGCGAUCCCUUGUGGACGCUCCCUUCUGGAGCCAGCAACAGCAACGCUUCCAUGUACAGAGGCUCCAUCUCUAGUGGCCUUCAUCUCAUGAACUUCCCAAUCCCAAUGACCCUCUUGUCUAGCCAACAAUUGGGCCCGGGAAUCAGUGGCAGCGGUGGAGUGACGGUGGCCGACAGCCACUUGGGCAUGCUGGCGGCGCUGAACACCUUUCGGCCAGGCGGCGGAGGUUCGGAAUCGCAGGCCAGCGGUUCACAUCCGCAUCAUCAUGGCGGUGAUCAAGAUGGCCGCGACACAGCCAGCCAUCAUUCUCAUCACCAUCACCAUCAACAUUGACGUCAUAAUUAAAAAAUAUUCUUGUAAGUUUUCGGAGACCAGUACAAAAGGCACUCAGUUUCUGUGACUUCGGUUGCAAAUGAGAUGUUAAAUUUAUUUUGAAGAAAAAGGACAUCACGUGCAUCUGCCCCAAGUUCACCGACCGGGUUGAUCAGACUGCGCAUCAGGAACUGUUAAUGCACUUCUGAAGCGCUAGAAGUUAUGUCUUUCCUCUCAUCGUCAUCGUCGUAUCUCAGUCGUGUUUCAUGCAACGUCUGGAGUUGUCAUCGUCUACACGUGCUUAGGGUCCUUCUGAUGCUGCAGAUUGUUGGGUGAGUUUUCAUCGCUCAGUUUCUUGAUGAUUUUAUGCUGCGACUUUUCCUCGAGACCUAGCUAUCAUCAGAGACUGUCUGUUCUGAGCAUGUGUAUGUGUGGACUAAAAGCCAUGUUCACGUGAUCCCAAGUUGUAUGAGCAGAAGGGCGUCUGUAGCUGUGCCUAGAUUGAACUGGUUGAUAUGGUGUUUCGGUUUAUUGUCGUCGAGCAAUGACCAAUCAUCAGGAGCUGAAAGUCAUUCGCGAUUGCUUGAAGUGGACUUCGUGCACUCA